AUGGAUCUCAUCCCCAAACCCAACUGCAAGUCCACCGUGUGGCAGUACUUUGGCCUGAUCCCGGACGAUUAUGGGAAACCCCUGGAUCCCUGCAACCCCAUAUGUCGUCUGUGCCGGAGGAUCGUUCACAGCAAGAACGGGAGCACGACCAACCUCAGAGCUCACCUGAGGACCCGCCACCGGAAGAUGCUGGUUGCUCAGCCACGCGAUUUCCCCGUUCUGGAUUCCGGUUCAGAGAACCCCUUGAAGGACGCCCCGAGCCCGAGCCCGAGCCCCCUGACCGCCCCGACCCAGAACUACGUCUCGGACGCCUCGGUUCCGCCGGCGGACCCCGGGCUGGAGGUGGGGCCCUCGCGGGCGGCCCUCUCCCUCCCCUUCUGCCUCAACCUGUGGCUGGAGCCCGAGCCCAGCGAGGCGGCGUCCCCCGGGGCCUCGUCCAAGGAGUGGGUGGUGGAGAUGGGCGUCCACGCCAAGCUCCACCUCCAGGAGGGCCUCGUCUUCGGACCCUUCGUGGGGGAGCUGGUCCGAGGGGCGCCGCGGAGCACUCUCAGCCACGCCUGGAUCAUUAGGGAGGAAUCAGAGUUCUACUACGUAGAUGCUUCAGAUGAAAACAAAUCCAACUGGAUGAGGUACGUCUCAUAUGCCGCUAAGGAGGAGGAUCACAACCUGAUUGUGAUCCAGAUCAACCAGCAGAUCUACUACAAGACCUCCAAGCCGAUCCCCGAGGGAGGAGAGCUCAAGGUCCGCAUCGGAGAGGACUACGCUGCUGUACUGUGCCUGGAUCCCGCCGAUACGAGGUGCGACUUCGGGAAAAAGGAGAGCAUCCUGCGCCUCUACCUGGACGUCCAGCUGGUGACCUUAGAGGAGCCCAGCUCCUCGCUGUGCUUCACCCACGGCCAGGUCCAGGACGCCAUGCCCAUCAUCCACAAGGUGACCAGCACCUCCACCCCGGACUCUGCCCUCGACUCCGGUGGCGGCACUGCCACCGCCGGAGUCGCGUACGGCCCCGCCUACCUCCACGAAGAGUACAACUUUUUCCCCGGGACGGAGAACCUCAUGAACCACCCGACUCAAGGCCACAGCAGACUCUGGUACUUCUACGGCUUCAGGCCGGACCCCAGCGGUCAGCCCCUCGACUGGAGCACGGCAGUGUGUAAGCUCUGUGGGAACCAGGUCGCCUUGGGAGACACAGUGAGCCACCUGAGGGACAAGCACCAGAUCAGUUCGCAUCGGUUCAUCAGGGGCCAGAGGAUCAGGAACCCUCUAUAUGCUCAGAAGUCCACGUCGCUGACCCCAGCCCGCAGCGGCUCUCCCGACUGGGCCUCCACGCCCCCCUUCCUCCUCAGUACUCCGGCCACGGACACUCUGGUCAGCGCCGUCUGCAACUUCCUGAUCCGGGACCUCUACCCACCGGCCAUGGUGGAAGGGCAGGGUUUCAAGGAGUUGAUGCAUACCCUCGCGCCGUCCAACAAAGACCUGCCCACUGCCCGCGCCCUGGAGGCCCUCCUGAAGGACCUCCACGCCAGGGAGGAGAAACGUCUGCGCCAGCUCCUGAGGUGCACCGCGGCGGGCCAAGACGAGGACGAGAACGCGUUCGACUACACGUCGCAGUCGGAGACCCAGGAGACGUCGUUUCGCCACACGACGGACGCGUCGCGCCCGGUGACUCUGAGCGUGGACGUCUGGCGGCAUGUCUGGCUCGGGGACGCCAGCAGGAACGCCACCCUCUGGGUGCACUAUGUCGACGCCAACUUUGAUCCUCAGAACUGGGCGCUGACCACCCAGAGGCUGACGGAGACGGAGACGGACGGGGUGGUGGCCCAGGUGAAGACGAUGGCCCUGGAGUGGGGGAUCCCUCACUCCCACCUGGUCCUGCUCGGUGGAGACGCGGUGGAGAACGGCGCCUCGGGCCCGAGAAGGCCCAAACAAAGUGGCGAGCCGGACGGACGGGACCCCGCGCCCAGUCCGACCAUCCCGACCAUCCCCUGCUUCUUCAACGCCGUGCGAGGCUGCGUCGAAGAAGUGAUGUCGUUGCCCAUCAUCUCGGACACCCUGAGAAUGUUCCAAGACGUCCUCUCGGGAAUGUUCACGCACGCGACGAGCAACCCGUUCCACCCUCAGAUCGAGCUGCUGCUGCUCAAGAUGGCGCCGGGGGAACGAGCUCAUCUAAAGUCGUGGGCUCACAGCCCGCUCGGCUGGAAAAGCCUCUUCACCGCGGUAAACAUUCUCAACAAGCACAGCAAGCUGCUCUCCGAGCUGAUAAAGCUGGAGAACGGCACCAUCAUCAAACACGAGCACCCCGUCGAGGGGGACUCCAGCGCGGGCGGCGCUGCGGUUCUCGGCGAGUCCGAAUGGACGGUUCUGCAGGAGCUCUGCUCGGUGCUGAAGCCCAUGGACGUCGCCUGUCGGACCCUCGCCAAGGAGGCCUUCCCCUGCCUCUCCAUGAUCAAGCCCAUGCUCAUCGGCCUGCUCACGCGCCACCUGGUGUCCCAGCCCGGCGAGGUGUCGCCCCUCACCAAGGGGGUGAAGAUGAGGAUGAGGGAGAGGCUGGCAGCCUGCUACAAGGACCCCGCGGUGAACCGGAUUCUGUGCGUGGCGUGCUCUCUGGACCCCCAGUUCCGUCACCUGGGGUUCAUGGAGGCCAAGGAUAAAACCGCCACACACGAUUGGCUGAAGGAGGAGGCGGUCAAGAUGAUGAAGGAGGACCAGAGGGGGCGGAGCGCGUCCGGCGAGCGCGGCGGCGGCCGCAUCAAGAGAAGCCCCUCCCUCUCCUCCUCCGACUCCUACGACCACCAGCCGCGGCGGAGCAAGCGCAUCAAGAACGCCCCGCCCGUCCGCUUCACGGGCUGCGACGACGCCGAGGACGAGGACAGCGACGACGAAGGCGAGGAAGGGGCGGAGAAGGACUCGACGGAGGCGGAGUCCCAGGGCGGCCUCUCCGGGAUGCAGUUCCUGCUGGGCGACCUGCUGGGCGGCCCCCCCGCGGCGGGCAUGGCGGCGCAGGCGGCGGAGGAGGAGGCGGCGGACAUGGAGCUGAGCCUCUUCACGGCCGACAAGAGGCCCUCCGCCGGGGUGGAGCCGUUGCAGUGGUGGAAGGCCAAGGCGGGGCAGUUCCCCCUGCUGGCGGCCGUGGCCCGGGUGUACCUGGCGGCCCCCGCCGUCGCGGGCGGCGGCGCGGUGGGCUUUGCGACGGACGGAGGCGUCGCCAACAAGAGGAGGAACAUACCGCCGGAGAGCCUGGCGGAGAUGUUGUUCUUGCAUCACAACCACGUCACCACGCCGGCGGAUUGAGGGUACUUUGAGAAUCGGGACGUGAGGCAGAAGAACGACCGUGGCGUUGGAGAUGCAACGCCGGCCUUGUGGGCGGGACGUCCUUUUGAACUGACUGUUAACUGUUAACUGACUCCUAGGAUUUCAGACCCUGAUGUCUUGGUCUCAUUAUGUCUGGAGAUUAUUUUACUUUUUGUCACUGCCGUUUAGGUUUCUUAUAGUCGUCGUUUAGGUUUCUUUUAGCCGUCAAAAGGUCAGAAUCAGUGGUCCAGGGUGCCUGAAAUGUAUUGACACCACCUUCUCUCUGUGGGGGAUCUGAUAUGGUCAAUGACACCAUUAGUACUUAGGUAGCUAAUUUUGUAUUGCAUUUUAUCUGUUUUAUGUUGUAUUUGUGAAACUUUCCAAACCUGUUACCCAACCUCGUCCCUUCCUACAACUUUAUCCUCAUUGGGUCUACUGGGAUCUAAGCACAUGUGCAUACGAAAGAAAGUUAAAUGGGUUUGGGAAGUUCUGGAAGCGAGUCAUGGUGAUGAUUUUCAAAGAGGAUGAGCUUUCCUUGUUGCAGAAUCUUGGAUUACUGUAAAUCGAAACACUGCAUUCAAGCAAUGGUCACUGGUAUUCUGUCUUUAACGCCUUCUUAAAGGAAUGCUCCUUUUGUUUCUCAAUCCUGCCAGCAGCCCAAUCGACCGAGUAAGCAUUUGACCGAAAUUAGCUGAAAUGAGGACGGGGGUGAAAUCAGCUAGGUCAGUGAUGGUACAAUGCACCAUGCUGCAAUUUCACUCGUCUCUUUGCGGAAUGUGAAUCUUAUUUCCAAAAAUGAGGUAGUUCAUCAUUCGUACAUGUGAACGUCCCAGGCCUGCGCCGAGAAUAGUUUUGGUGCUGUGCAAAAAAAACCAAAACAAA